UCUAGAAGGUAGGGCUGGCAAGCUAAUAUUUAUAUAUGAAGACCGUGAGCAUUCAUUAACAUAAUUUAUUAUAAAAACCCAUGUGCUCGAAUACAUUGAUAAUAUAAUAUUCCUCGAUCCGCUAAUUUUGAAGACACAUUGUAUAAAAUGAUGUGAAAUGAUCAUCUGGACAGCUGCAGUCUAGGAAAAUCCUCAUCGUGAAAUAUCAGCCUACAAGCGACAGGUUCAUGCCGCCUCAAGUCCGGAAAAAAUCUGCGCUGUUCGCCCAACGACUAACAAGAGUAGUACCCUGUCCUACCAAAUAUGGAUGGUGAUUCUAACGAUGGGACUACCACGGAAUCUUUAAAUGGAGAGCCGAAACCAGACGCGGCCAAACUGGCACAGACUGCCAUCAUUAAACAGGAUGUUAUGCUCUCGGCGACCAGCACGCAAUCACCAUUGGCCACUGCCUCAUCUGUCUUUACCAUGCCAACCAUUUCCAUGCCAACCGUUUCCAUGGCGAAUAGCACCGGGCUAGGGGGGCUUGCUGACCACCUAUUCCUGCCCCACAUCCCCUCAGUGACGGACACACCUAAUUCCAACUCCCACGCUGAUGGUAAAGCUGAUGGUGGAAUCACAUCGCUGUCAAGUCCAACUCAGCUGUUUGGUCAGCCGCAGGUGGCAGCACCGCAGUUCUUCCUCACAGGUCAGUCAGUGCAGGCCGCGGCGGCAUCAGCAGCUGGUCAGUGCCACAGUCCGGCCUCCUCAAUACAGCAGCUUCUCAUCCCUGUUUCCACAGGCAAUGGAGCACAGCAGUUCAUUAGUAUUCCGGUGUCCUUGGCGGCCGGCGGUAACCAACAGAUUCAGCUACUCACCACAUCAAACGGGCAGAUCAUCGCCACCAACCUCGCCAACAUCCCGGGUCUAACGCAACCUCUUAACCUCAAUAUCAACAACACAGGCGCACACCAGACCCAGAAUUCCACCACUAAUUCCAGUCAGAGCCAUCAACAGGCUAGCGGACUGGGACUAGCCAAUCAGCUUGGCUCUCUACCUCAACUGCUGACGACCGGAGCACAGGGCCAGAUCCUGGCUGUCGGUCCUCAGGUAAUUAACCCUCUGUCCCUGACGCAGCCUACACUCGCGUCCUCAGCUAACAAUGCACUGACUCAGAUCUCACAGACCAAUGGUCAGCUGACAACCAAUCACAGCUCUGCCUCUACUCACCACACAGCCAUCCGCCACGCCCACACCAACAGCCAGCCGUCAGUAGCGCCAGUGGUGUCCUCCCCCCCAAGACUGCCAACACAGGUCCUUACCCCAACAGUCACCUCAGACGUGCUGCCUCCCAACGUCAGUCAACUGCUUCCAAUUAACCUUUCAGACACAGUAGGGAAUUCAACGGAGAGUACAACAGUGGAUGGGAUCAACCUCGAUGAAAUCAAAGAAUUUGCCAAACAGUUUAAGAUCCGGAGACUCUCUCUGGGGCUAACACAGACACAAGUAGGUCAGGCCCUCAGUGCAACAGAGGGGCCUGCCUACAGCCAAUCAGCUAUCUGUAGAUUUGAGAAAUUAGACAUAACACCAAAAAGUGCUCAGAAGAUUAAACCUGUCCUUGAGCGAUGGAUGCUCGAGGCAGAAGAGAGAUAUAAGAACGGUGUGUCCAAUCUCACCGACUUCAUAGGCAGCGAACCAUCAAAGAAACGUAAACGGAGAACAUCCUUCACUCCACAGGCACUGGAAGUUCUCAACCAGUUCUUCGAGAGGAAUACACAUCCUUCAGGUGCAGAAAUGACAGAGCUGUCAGAAAAGUUGAACUAUGACCGGGAAGUGAUUCGUGUGUGGUUCUGUAACAAAAGACAAGCGUUAAAAAACACCAUUAAAAAACUCAAACAGGAGACACCCUGACAUAGGGUUUGGUCUCUGCAAAUUUGAUUGGUCAAAUCAUGGUCAACCAUUUCUUCCCCAGGAUUUGAUUGGCCAAACCAACUUAGGUCAGCAAAUGUCUUCGCAAAAGAAUAGAAGGGUUUCAUUGGACAUUUGAAAAUGACAACCACCUUCUGCACAACAAAGGAUUUGACUGACCAAUGUGUCCAAGGAUUUGAUUGGUUGGAUUUCCAGAGCCAUGUGUUGAUAGGAUCAUCCAAAAAUUUCAAUUCUGUUUCAGGGAUAAAUGCAGCUACAAGUGUGUGACCCCGUGUAGGGAUAUAAGUGAAAGCUUACGUUUUGUGCUUUUGCAUCAUUUAUACAUAGAUAUGGUUGUCAUGUAGUUUCAUCAUCACCAGCAUCGUCACCAUCAACAUCCUCGUCAUUGUCAACAUCAGCAUCAUAAUUAAUUGUUAGAAAUUGUUGUUCCAAUGUUUUUAUUUUCAGAGCAGGGACCACAGUUUAGGUCUCAAUAUAUUGUUUCUUUUGAAGUUAUUAAGACUAAUUAUGAUUAAUAAAUUAGAUAUGAGCUUAAUAAUCUCCUCAAAAACAAAUCAGAAAUCCAUUUCCUAAAUGGCUUUGUGAAUUUAGAUGCUCUGUUGGAGAAUGUGUAGUAAUGUUAACAGUUACUUUCUGACUCAUUAUAGCUAUGCGUACCAGGAGAGACAAGGUACAGGUAGUACUUUUAUACGGUACCCUGUGUCAUCUUAGAUCUGUGCUAUGUUUAGAAUUUGUCUGUCUUAAUACUGCAAUUUUUUAAAUAUAAAGAAGAAUAUCAGAUAAAUGUUUACCUUGUUUAGGUAAAAGGGUGACACUGGAAAAGGGAGAUAAUCCAAGUGCCCCAUUGUCUUCAACACUUUACGUUUUGGUUAUCAGGUAAAGGGAGGUAACUUGAGUUUUUCAGGACUACUGCAAGUAUGAGAAUUAUUCAAAACUCUUUCUUGUUUCUUCAGAUAUCUUGUAAUGGUGUCAAAGAGUAAAAACUUAAUGUUUAAAACCAUACAUAGCUACAGGUACUGAUAUUUUCAACAAAUUGAAAAGGUAUGAACAUUUUUAAUUCCCUUUUCAUUUGAACAAGAUAUUUAUCAGAACAAGAGUUUCAGCUUAAUUUUGUAAGUAUGGAACCCAAUGAUUAAAUAGUAUCUGGUUCACUAGAAUGACUAGACUAUAAAUAGUAUCUGGUUCACUAGAAUGAUGAUUUACAAUGUGUCUGUGUCACUCCAUUAGCCAAAGGAAGUACCUCGCCAAUUAACAGGUUUAAUUGUUCAAAAAACAUUUAAGGUCAAAAAAUUAUAAUUCAAAUAGUGGUUAUGUAGAAAUUUUCAGUUUUAAGUGUGUUUACAUUUCCAUUCUGUGUUUACAUCUGAUGUAAGUGAGUAUUUGGUUGCACGUUUUUAUAUUUUUCUAUCUAUUAUUGAUACUUUUCACUUCUACCUGUAUGUGUUACACAUUGUAUCUAAAUGAUGGUGAAACUCUAUAUUUAGAUAUUAUUUUUUGUUGAAAGUCUUUUAAUUUUUCUUGUACUGUCAGCCAUAGGAUAGUUGCAAUAUGAUACAUGUUUUUUUUCCCUGGAGCUGUACAUGUUAACAUUGACUUGGUUGGUCAGACCUACUAGCUGUACGUGUUAACGUUGACUUGGUUGGUCAGACCUACUAUCUGUACGUGUUAACGUUUACUUGGUUGGUCAGACCUACUAGCUAUACAUGUUAACGUUGACUUGGUUGGGCAGACCUACUAGCUGUACAUGUUAACGUUGAGUUGGUUUUUCAGACCUACUAGCUGUACAUGUUAAUGUUGACUUGGGUGGUCAGACCUACUCGCUGUACGUGUUAACGUGGGCUUGGUUGGUCAGACCUACUAGCUGCACAUGUUAACGUUGACUUGGUUUGUCAGGCCUACCAGCUGUACGUGUUAACGUUGACCUGGUUGGUCAGACCUACUCGCUGUACGUGUUAACGUGGACUUGGGUGGUCAGACCUACUCGCUGUACUUGUUAACGUUGACUUGGUUUGUCAGGCCUACCAGCUGUACGUGUUAAC